GCGCUUCUAUUAGAGAAAAGUCCGAGGCUUUCUAGUUGUUGGUGGUUAUGGGUGUUCCGGCGUUUUUCAGAUGGCUUUCUCGCAAGUACCCGUCAAUCGUGGUUGACUGCAUCGAGGAGAAGGCAAGGGAGUUGAAAGGGUUAAAGAUCCCGGUGGACGCCACUCAGCCAAAUCCAAACGACGUGGAGUUUGACAAUCUCUACCUGGACAUGAACGGAAUCAUUCACCCCUGCUGCCAUCCCGAGGACAAGGCAGCUCCUGAAGACGAGGACCAAAUGAUGUUGGCCAUAUUUGAAUAUAUUGACAGGAUAUUCAACAUCAUUCGCCCGCGGCGACUGCUGUACAUGGCGAUAGACGGAGUGGCUCCGAGAGCCAAGAUGAACCAGCAGAGGUCUCGGAGGUUUAGGUCUGCAAAGGAGGGCCGUGAGAAGAUAGACGACAUUGGCAGAAUAAGAUCCGACCUCGAAUCUCGAGGGGUGGAGCUGCCUCCGAAGAAGCCAGACCACGCCCACUUUGACAGCAAUUGUAUUACGCCUGGGACGGAGUUUAUGGCUAACUUGGCCGUGGCUCUCCAGUACUACGUUCAUGACAGACUCAACAGCAACCCUGCCUGGCAAGGAAUAAAGGUGAUCUUAUCGGAUGCCAACGUUCCAGGAGAAGGGGAGCAUAAAGUGAUGGACUACAUUAGGAAGCAGAGAGGGCAGCCUAAUCAUGACCCCAACACGCACCACUGCCUGUAUGGAGCUGAUGCUGACCUCAUAAUGCUGGGACUGGCGACCCACGAACCCCACUUCACAAUCCUUCGUGAGGAGUUCAAACCCAACCAACCGAGGCCGUGUGAUAUCUGUGGCCAAGUGGGACACGACAUGAAGGAAUGCACUGGAGCUGCGAAAAGCAUGGAAGGAGAGCACGAUCAGUUUGCCAACACUGACGUGGCUCUUGAGAAGCAGUUCAUCUUCCUGAGGCUCUGUGUCCUGCGAGAAUACCUCGAGAAAGAGCUCAGAAUCGACGGACUUCCUUUCCCCUUCGACCUGGAAAGGACCAUUGAUGACUGGGUUUUCAUGUGUUUCUUUGUUGGAAAUGACUUCCUUCCUCACCUACCUUCCCUGGAGAUCAGGGAGGGGGCAAUAGACAGACUAAUAAGGCUCUACAAACAAGUAGUCCCCCAGACUCACGGCUACCUCACUCACAAUGGAACUGUCAACCUACACAGGGUACAGAUGAUGAUGACCGAGCUGGGAAAAGUGGAGGACGACAUCUUCAGGACGAGAAGAGACAAGGAUUUGCACUUCAAACAGAAGGCAAAGAUGAGGAGGAGAGCUUCCAAGAGAAGCAGAUCUAUGUACGAUAAUCCUUCGUUCACUCCUCAAGGACAGUUCGCACCUGCUCCCCUCUCAGCGUCCCCCUCUCCCAUCGUCAACCCUCGUCAAGAAGCCUAUCAGAUGAGAAAAUUCAGCACGUCCGUUGCCGACAACAAAUCAGCCGCUGCAAGUCUCAGAGCACAGCUGAAGGGGGGCCUGACCCCCCAGGGGGAAAUUUCGUCCUCCUCGACCCCCUCGCAGAAUCCGAGCAAUGCCAAUGGUGCUAAUACACCAAUCACUGCGGCAAGGAAAAGAAAGAGAGAAGACAGUGACAGUGAGAGCGAACCGGAAGACAACGUGAGGUUGUGGGAGGACGGGUGGAAGGAGCGUUACUAUAACAACAAGUUCGGAGUCCCGGCGGACGACGAGGAAUUUGUUAAAGCGGUGGCGUCUGCCUAUACUGAAGGGCUUUGCUGGGUGCUUGCGUACUAUUAUCAGGGUUGUUCGUCAUGGAAAUGGUUCUACCCGUACCAUUACGCUCCCUUCGCCUCCGACUUCAAAGACAUCACAAAAGUCAGAAACACCUUUCCUCGCGGAGAAGACGCCCCCUUUAGACCACUCGAACAGCUCAUGGGGGUUUUCCCUGCAGCCAGCGGGAAAUUCCUGCCUCCAGCUUUUAGAGCGCUCAUGUCCGAAGAGCAUUCUACCAUCAUUGAUUUCUACCCGUCUGAUUUCAAAGUCGAUUUGAACGGGAAGAAGUACAUGUGGCAGGGUGUGGCUCUGCUGCCGUUUGUCGACGAGAGUCGGCUUCUCAGAGCUCUCAAGGAUUUCUACCACACCCUCUCUCCCGAGGAAGAAAAAAGGAACAGUUUAGGCUGCGAUCGUCUCUACGUCCACCGACAGAACAGGUUUUACCCGUUUCUCAAAACACUCUACGAGUCCAGUUCCGAUUCUACCAAGAACCAGCUGGUGGAGAUUAACCCCGAGCACACACAGGGCAUUAGAGGAACCGUUUUACUGGACGAGAGCAUGGAAGAGGUGCUCUCCAAUAGGGGUGAUGUGAAAUCGACUGUUGCUUCACUUCCUGACAUUCAGCAGUCAUUUGCAAUUGGGGUUAAAUUUCAGGACCCCUCGUACCCCAUGGAUCACAUCUACCCUGCAGUAUUGCUCCCAGGCAUGCAAUGUCAGACCCACGAGAUCAUAGACCAAAUCAUUCGUCGUAUGAUCAUCAAUAUACCCCUUCUCGAUACCGACCUGAACAUCAAGCUCCUGGCUAUGCAAACUGGCAACCUCUCCCUCCUCCUCCUCCUCAUUUUUCCUACGGAGCUUCUCCUCCAAGAUUUCGUCCCCCAGAUGACUACCGCCACUCACCUCGACCACCUCAUUCUAGCUCAGGUUAUCACUUAUGCACAGGACGAUAUGUACGGAAUGAGUAUGGAGCUGGGAAGAAGAAGAGUUCAAGUUCAUGCAGCAAUACUAGUCAUCGGAUGGUACGUUUCCUUGGGUCAAGGGGCCGCAGAAGACAAGCUGCACUGGGCGAACGUAACGAACCGAGCCGCGUUGUGCAACGACUUCACGCAGGCCGGAUUUUUCCACCGCCGUCCGACAGAAAACGGAGCAGGAAAGUGGAUAAUUUACCUCGAGAGCGGCGCCGUGUGCUACUCGAACGAAACAUGCAACCGGCGAUAUUUCAACUCCACUAUACAAGACCGAGAAAGCAAAGACAGACACGCCAAUAACGGCUAUGGGGAUUUCGAUACGACUGCAGCCUUUAGCAAGUACAAGGAAACGAACUUCGUCAAUCCGCUCAUGACUUCUAUGCUGUGUUUCAACGAUACCCGUUUCUUCCCGGAUGGGUUGCACAUCGAGGGAAAAGACUUGUUCGAUAGGAGUACAAAUCACACUUUGGCUGAUCACGGUCAAGUGGUUAUACCUUACUGUAGCAGUGACGUAUGGUUAGGUGGAGAAGAUGGGACAAGACAUGAAGAUAUUAUUGAUGAUACUCCGUAUGGUUGUAGGCAGUUUAGGUAUGUUCCAGAUGCUGAUGGACUGCAGUUUACAUUUCGUGGAAAGAUAAUCUUCCAGAGUGUUCUGAGAGACUUGGAUGAGAUGUACGGUCUUAGCACCACAGCGACUGAACUCAUUCUCGCCGGUUCUUCUGCUGGUGGUGUGGGGGCGAUGAACUUAGCCAAGUGGGUCGUGCAAGAGUUCCCUAACCUGACCGUCAAAGUGAUUACUGAUUCUGCGUGGUUCGUUAACUUUCGUGAUGGAAUAAACCACCAGUUUGCUGGCCUACAGAAAUUAAGUGCCCCAUCAGGCAAUGACAAAACUGAUACAAAUCAACCAACCUCAUCCUCUGUUCCCAUUGGACAAUCCAGUCAUGUGACUGCAACCCAAAGUUACAUGAUCUCUUCUAUCACAAAUGAAUACACCUCAUCAUCCUCUGUUCUCAUUGGACAAUCCAUUCAUGUGACUCAAACCCAAAAUUACAUGAUCUCUUCUUCAAAGACACACAGCUCCAUGUUUACAACCCCCUUAGCGACCCCUUCACCCUCAAUCAUGACCUCGUCACUCAAUAUUCCGAUCCCCACCCCAGCAAGUGGAAGCGGAAGUGGAAGUGGUGACAAUAACGAAGAGGAAGCAACGAAUGACGACGAAAUGAUGAAGAGAUAUGCUCCAUUGGAGUUUGAAGCAAAUCGCUACGCGGAUCAUCGCGACCGGCGUGACUUGACAAGUCAGGAUGAUGGUGACCUCCUAAAAAUGUUUAAAUCGCACGAAUCUUGCAUGGAUACCAGCCGUGGUUUCCCCUGUUGUUUAUCAGCCCAAUGCCUUCUCUCGGGCUAUAACCCAGUCACCAACGAGCCUUAUUUCCCCAGAAAUGUCUCUCUGUUUGUCAUAACCAGCCUCUACGAUGCCUUCAUUCUGAGUCGAGCUAUAAGCGAUGUUCAGGUGUACAGUUCCGAUAGCGACAGCAUACCUAUUGGUCUCGCAGUGGAAUAUCUGACUGUGGUGGGGGAAUACGGAGGUGUCAUGCAUAAUUCGCUGGUGGAAGUUCAAGAAUCAGAUAUCGACCUCACAUUCUAUGCUUCGCAGUGCUUUCAGCACAUAUACUUCGUCACUUCCUCCUUGUGGGGCGAAGGACGCUUGUUCGGUUCAGACCCAGUACAGAUCAAUUCAGACAUCGGUGCAUUCAGACACACGAUCCAGUCUGGAGUUUGGAACAGUGCCCCACUGGCAUACGACAAUGGCACGACCUACACCAUAAUGGACGCCAUCAAUGUUUGGUACCAUGGGAAUGGAAGCAGGGGAAUGAAUUUCCGAGAUAUGUGCCAGACCCCACACUGCAACGAGGAGUGCCCCGAGAGUUUCAUUUUUAACCCCUUGCGACCCAAGGAGUGGCCAUUGGUGGCCAGAGUUGCAGUGGGCACAGCUGUGGUGGCGGUUGCCAUUUUCUGCAUUCUGUUGAAGACCUAUUUCUACCUGUGGCUGAAAUGGCUGGAGCACAAGCAGACAAUCUACCUCAACUCCAUAACACCAGUUGAUCCCGAUGAAGAGGACCCUAUCAGUGGUACGGCCAUGGAAGAAGGACUGCGGAGAGAGUUUCCAAUGUGCACGGCGACGCAGGCCAUAUCAGUAGCAUGUCUGGACCUUCACUACUCGGUCACCACUAGAGUCGGCAAACAACUGAAAGACGAGAAGAAGGAGAAUUUCGCACCGAUAGUUUUGGACGACCUGAGUCCAGAGAACGAGCUGAACGGAUCGGAAACCGACCCUCAGGAAGAACCUAGUGAAUGUGACGAGGUGCUGGAAGCUGGUAGGAGAAGAACGAUGUCGUCCUCCUCCAACGCUCUACAGAAACUGAAAAAUGCCUUCUCACAACACCACACCGGCACAUAUCACGUUCCAACAUUCCGAGACGAAAAUAUCGACGAGUCGAUCAACCGCAUGACAAACGGCAACGUACCAAAAAGAAAAUGGUCCAUUCGUCCGUCGCUGCACGGUCGCGUGUCUCGCAGUUCCGACAACUCUCAAGACACUUUCGAGGAAGUGCCGUUGAGGACCUCGCGGACUAGCGACAUGUGCUCUGGUCUGAUGAAGAAAGUGUUCAGAACGAAGAGGAAGAAAAUUCUGAAAGGGAUUUCGGUUUACUUUAACCCCGGAGAGAUGAUUGGAAUCAUGGGGCCUUCAGGUUGUGGCAAGACUACUUUUCUCGAUAUCUUAACCGGACGACGCAAAAGUGGAAUUUUUUCCGGUCAAAUUUUCAUCAACGGGGUCCCACUUGAGGAGAAUCGCGAGUGGUACACCAGCAAUACCGGUUACGUCAUCCAGUUGGCGAGACCGUACUACGAAGAGCUAACGGUGAGAGAGAAUUUGACGCUGGCUGCUUGGAUCAGACUGAAGGACACCGCAAGAGAGAAAUUUCAGAGAGUGGAGCAAGUCAUGGACGUGAGUGGUCUACUGGAUCUGGCAGACACAGUGGUGGGCGGGGCUACUGGUCCGGGGCUCAGCGGAGGUCAGAAGAGACGACUGGCUGUGGCAUUGCAGCUGCUCAAACUACCCAGUGUCAUCUUUCUCGACGAGCCCACCUCGGGAUUGGAUGCGGCUUCCUCGCGCGAGCUACUAGCCCACCUCAACAACUUGGCCGGGUCCAACCGUACAGUGGUCCUCACAAUCCACCAACCAAGACUCGAGAUUUUCCACAUGUUCGACCGACUUGUUCUCCUGUCCGAUGGAAAGGUGGCUUAUCACGGAGUGCCAGACAAGGCGUACGAGGUGUUUGUGAACGCACUUCGGUCGCGCUAUCUUCAACAGCGGCUCAUCAUACCUGAUUUGGAGGACAGGAACCCUGCUGAUGUGAUUAUGGACAUGUUGGGUAACCAGAAGAUGAGACAGCUGAUCACAGACUAUUACCAGUCGUCAGGGGAACCCAACCUCGUGAACCGGGCAGUGCAGCAGGCGUGGACCAGGGAGAGGAAAUACUCUCUCGAUCUGAUAGACGGGAAGGAGGGAGACGGAACAUCCUUCUGGACUCAGCUAAAGUUCAUCCUGAAGGGGACAAGGAAGGCAGAGAAUACACAGAACAAUCUGCUGGCUCGACUCGGAGCUCUGGAGGCCAGAGCUACAAAGAGAGCCACACCGUUGGUCAUACUCUACCUUCCAGUCAUCUUCUUCGCUUACGGUGUCGUCCUAGGGACGGUGUACCUACAGCAGGACCAACCGUUCCUGAUAAUGUCCGGAUUCUGCGUUUACUCUGUUGCCAGUGCCCUCUUCAUGUUCCCCGCCCUCUUCUCCUACUACCAACAAGCUCUCGAGAUUUACUCGUUUGAACAUUUGGUGGAGAUUACCAGAUGGAGUUGGCCGGUAUUCACUCAGUUGGUAGUGGUGAACGUGGCCCUCAACCAAGCCUGGGUGGCCCUACUGAUUUGGCUCAUUCUCACCUUCCCCAAGAUUGCAAUGCGCCUCUCUCCUCCCCUCGCUGCAGUCAUGGGCUUUUCCAGUGGCUUCUUUAUUCCAUUUAGAGACAUCCCCUGGUGGUAUAGAUGGCUGACUUUCAUUAAUCCUAACUACUACGGCUUCUCCGCAUCAGCCUUUCUCCUCCUGAAAGACUUUGAGACGGCGUGCCAGAGACAAGAAAACGUCACGGACUUCAAGUGCUACCCGGAGAGCGGGAAAUACAUUUUGAGGAGAUUCGACUUCGACGAAAUCAAUCCCUAUUACAAUAUCACAAUUUUGCUGGCGAUGACAAUAUUUUUUCUUCUAAUGUCGGUGUUGAGCAAUUUUUGGAACCACGUGACUCUUAGUCGCGGAAUGAAGAAAGUCAAGAUCAUGGCUCGUCGUUUGAAGAGAGCAGCUUCAUAUGACACUGCCUCUCUCUUCUCCACCGAUGAUGAUACCGUACCCUACAUCUACGGCACACAGUUUGACGAACGAGAAGACUUCCUGGUCUCAAACGAAGUCGAACAGGAGGAAGAAGAAGAAGAAGAAGAAGAAGAGGAGGAUGAACCAGAAGAGGAUGAUGAUGAAGCCAUGGUAGCUGCGGCUGCCGGUCUGCUCUCCCCCAUUGCCGAGAACCAAGAAGAGAGAGAAGGAGGACCGCAGAGUCCGGUGUCUGAACAUGAAGCCACACCACGACGUCGAUCCCACGACCCUCACCCAUGGGCCCAACCUCAUCUUCUCUACCCCAGUGGAGGAGUUCCUCUGCCCACAUCCAUGCCUGAGAUUCCCAGUGCUGUUAGUCCACAGCCUUCCAGUCCUCGGGAGAAGGCCAUGGAGAACUGGACUAGAGCUGUGGAGAUCACAAGAAAACGCAGGUCAAACUCAAUCGAAUUGGACACGUUCACAAGUGCCCGGUCAGAGCCUCAGACACCGGAAAAGAACAUACCGUUCCACGAUGUCUUCAAUCAACGCCGAGCCACCAGAAUGAAUUCUCUCGGGGAAGGCAUCAACCGUCACUGCCGCAGGAGAAAGAAAUCCGUGAGAAGCGUCUACCUUCGCGACGGAGAAACUCACACCGUUUGGAAACCGUCCGCGCCGAGCCCCGUAACCCCCACGGCACCUCCGUCCCACUUUGCAGACGUCGUUCAUGAGAUGAUGCGGCAAAACGGGAAGAUGAACCUGAGGGAGCGCCAGCGGCAGCUUCUGAGUCGAGUCACCGCCACGAGACAGGUGCUGAAGGAGCAAAACGAAGAGUUGGCUGCAGUGGCAGAGUUGACCGAGGAAGAAGGAGAUGAGGACAAGGAGGGGCAGCAGAGGAGUGUGAGUGCUCCGGGACAAAGAGACACCCCCGGCAGGAAAAUGUGGCAGCACCUAAUCAAGAGCGUCAUCGAUGGGAAGAAAGAGAGCGAAAGAGACCGUAAACGCAACCGAAAGAGGUCCACCGUUCACUUUCACGAAGUUGUCACCAACAAAGUUGCGAGUAUGGAACCAGUGGUACCGCGAGGUUCAACCUUGCCCUCCGUCUCAGAACAAGGUGAGAUGGGCAAUGGAAACAUCCCUGUUACUCCGCGCAGGGCCAACCGAAAGACAUCGGUGAUCUCCAGAGGCAGACUAGACACUGUGACACCCUCCGGCGCCAUUCCAUUCACAGAAUGGAAGACUCAGUUUUACGAGCGGCAGCGCAUCGGGAGACAAGAAUCGAUGAAACGGUUCAAGAGUGACUACAACCUCAAAGCCAGAGCCGACAGUAGGCUCCAGAGGAUAAACUCAGACAAUAAUCUAACCCUCCCGGUCCAUCGAAGGGUGUCCGUGGCAUCGGGGGAGGACUUGGAGCCUCGCUCUAAGAGUGUGAGUCAGUACCGACAGAUGCACGCGAGACUGCGCCGCAGUUCAAGCCCCGACGUAUUGGACUACAGCGACUACGAGGACCACGGAGAGAUCUCAGACACUUCUGUGCCUCUCGACGAUAUGUUAUCACCUCUCUCUAGUCGCUCCGUCUCUCCCUCAGUCUUCUCGGACGAAGAGGAACAACGGAGAUCAAAGAUGCAUUCUCGUACGCCGACAGCUGCCCGGGCACAUCAACCUUUGAUGAAGUUGGAUUCUGAAGAGGCCAGAGUCGUGGGAAAUCCCUCAAAUAUGCACAAACGACUGCGGGGCCACCAUCAUCGGCACCAGUAUCAAGACAACACUCGCAGAGGUGAUGAAAUCAUCGAGAUUGAGCCUCCCGCGAGAGCGCCAAUCAAAUCACCCGGAUCAUGUGACAAGGCCAGACUCCAAGAGGAGACCGAAACAGUGUGUCAAUCUCUCUCCCGACAUCACCCCGGGGUACUCCGUCACCCCGACCCACUACUCCACAAUCGAACCUCACCUCAACUCGUGUCACUUCCCCAACUCGGGGUAUCCGCCGUGAUUCCGUCCUUCCUGCUCCAUCGAUACUCAACGACCGAAUAACUAGGGAGCAGCGUCGUAGAGAAAGCCUUCCCCAUCUUCUGGAGCUAGCAGAGGAGGAAUAUCAGCCACAGCCUCACCGCAGAGCCGCUACACCAGACAGUCAGCCCCUGCAUCGCCCUCUCAACCAGUCCUUGCGACGUUCCUCAACUCCAACCCUUUUGAACUCUGGGCCUCCCCCUGCUCCGUCUUCUGUUUAUGGGGGUCGUGGAAUUUUGGCCCCCAGUCCCCCUCCCCUUGUGCCCCUGUUGUCAGGGGCUGAUAAUGAGCCCCCCAGGGGUAGAGCGGAGGGCCAGUACCCUCAAUUGCAUUCUCCAACUGGGAACAGAUAUAUGACUCAAACUACUGUGUGAUUGUAUAUAUAACCUGGUCAUAAUAUUCCUAUUCCUACUUUGUAAUAAUACGAACUUUAGAAAACCAAAUGAUGAUCAACCACAUCUAGAGAUAAUUAUACAAGCAUACCACACAAUUUAAGUCUUCAUAUUAGCUAACUGCCCCUACACAACACUAGUUCGGCUAAGCAGAAGAUGAAUCAAGAAAGUGCCUACUAGCACACAGUGAUGAUUAUUCUGAACAUCAAGCAACUGGCCAACAAGUAUUUCACAUUCUCAUCCAGCAGUUGAUCAUUUGUACUACCGCCUCCCACCUUUAUGGACUUGUACAUAACCUUUGGGAGGAAUUUAAACACAUAUUCGCCGUCCUUUCCCCUCAUCUCUCUGGUCAAAGUCAUGUUUCUGGUCUUCAGCAGGUGAUGAUGGUCUCCACCUUGAUUGAGUAGUUCAAGUUGAACUCUUACUUCUACCGGCCACUGGAGAUUGUCGUCGUAUUCACAAUUCAUUAGGUGGAGAAACACGCAUACGGUUGAUCUGACAAUGUUGGAUGCAUCAACUGCCGCGUCUUGACGAUGGACAAUAGCUAUAUUUUCUUAGAGUUGUAAUUAAGCUUUCUAUUACUUUGCUAUCCCGGUCUAAUUCUUCUUUCAUUUGUUUCAGCCUUUGUGACUGAUACUCUUUAGAGUCUCCAAGUUCUUUUUUCCUCUUAUCUUUGGUUUCCUUCUCUUUGUUUCUGAAUUUCUGCAAUAACUUCUCAAAGUCUUUGUCCUCAUCGCUACUCUCAUACAAACCAAACUCAUCCUCUUUCUCUUCUAGCCUUCUCCUUUUCAACAAAGUCUUUCUCUCUUUCUGUAAACUCUCUCUCUAAAUCUUCAAAGCACUUAUCUAAUUCUGAUUUAUCUUCUUUUCUGUACUCUGCAGACAUCUCAGUGCGUUUCUUUUGUAGAUCUUGCCACAUGCACCUUGUUUCUUCUCGUUUUAAAAGUUUUGAAGUCUCCAGUUCUUCCCUGUAACAAGCAUCACUCAAAAGAUCCACCCCAAGCUUGAAUUUGUAGCCGUGAUGAUGGGAAUAGAAAGACUCAGUAUACAGUAGUUGAUCAGGAAACUUCCACGUAGGCAUCUCACAGACGACACAUGUUCCACCAGCUCGAUGCAGCUCAACGCAGCGAAUAGUGUCCUCUACUUUCCUAACGUAGGUCAUGAGCUCGCACUUCCGUGAUUCGAUCCUAGUUUGGGUAUCCGCAACUAUUGCACUCAUUUCCGCUUGCAGUGCAGCAGUAUCUUGCUGCAGUUGAUCGACCUUCUUGUCUCUUUCUGCGGAGUCCUGCUGCAGUUGUCUGGUGAGACGGAGGUUGAGAGCAGUCAUGGCCGUCAGGUGUUGGAGCUCACUCUCUCUCAUGUGCGUCGCCAGCUCACUGCGAGGGACCACGACACUACACCCAAACUCCUUCAUCUCGCAGGCCACGGGCUCCAGUGGACACACACUGCAAUGUUGCUCCAUCCCACACCGCUCCACAUUGCCCACCUCACAACCAUUUGG